UCGCGCGCAAGCGCACCGUCUUCCACGAGCAAGGUCACGGGCCCACCGGUGGCCAGCAGCUCCAAGACUUUGCUCGAAGAUGUCGACGAGACGCUGGACAUCGCUGCGCUGCACCCAGACCAGCACAACCAAGUAUACUUGAAGGGAAAAGGGAAGAAGCGCAAGCCUAGCGAUGGCGGCGAUGAUGGCGCGAAGGUCAAGCAGAAGAAGCGAGCGACGUGGCGUGCCCAGCCUCGGGAGGCACUUGACCUGCUGCUGUCCUCUUUCUUCGAGGAUGAAGAGCUUGAGAGGCUCAGAGCCUCACGCAUCGUGACAAUGCCGCAUAGCAACGGCAGUCCGGUGUGGUGGCAUCCCGCCAAAAAGCUCAGCGACGACGUCAAGGUGCCGGCAAAGAUGCGACGCGCUCUACUCGAGGUCCAGCAAGAGCUCGCUCGCUUGCAGAUCAUGAGGCUCCAGGAGCAGCUGCAAUCCGGCCACGCUGACGCCAUCGAGGCCAGGUUCCGGGAAGACUGUCUGAUGUGGCUCGAUGCGGGAUCUUGGAAGUGCGUGUGGGCGCCAAUCCUGCCGAAGAGCAUCAGUCGAAAGGUCGCCAGCGAGCUGCAAAGACCACAGGCUAUUCUCGACUGGGCAGAUCAAGGGCUGUCGGAGAAGGAGGAGAAGGCGGUGAGUGCUAGACACCUUCGCUCACCUCAUCGCCGCCAAGCUGACCCCAUCUACGUCCUGCGCCGCCUGCAGGUGCGUCAUCGUUUCGGCAAUGGGGCCGUUGACCGCUUCCUUGCUCGUGACGUUCCGCUGUGGCCGCUCUCACCGUUUCCUUGGGAUCGUGUUGGGGGUGGAUCGACCAAGAUCUCCGCAGCAGAUUUUGACGAGCAUGCGAGGGAGCUGAAGGAGGCGAUUCGCGGGGCCGGCGCUGGAGCAGUGAUGCAGCUACGCAUCAACUACUCCAAGACGCAGCUGGCCUGCUCGACGACGAAUGCGUUGAAGAGCAAUGCGGAGUGCCCGGGUUGGCAGCCUCUGAGUAACCGACUAACCCCUGCCAAGCUUGCGCGCAUGCUGCUUGGCACCCUGCUGGCUGACGUGGAGCCCGAAGACAUUGACCUGCGCCGUCUUCUUGAGAAGGAGGACUACGUGGAGCUGAUGUCGCAUGCUGCGCACGUCAAGGCCCACCACGCUGCGUACAUGAAGGAGUACGUACCGCGUUGGGAGGAGAGGGAGGCGCUGGGGGACGGGGACGAUGAGGACGACGAGGAGUUGCUCGCUGAUGGGGUAGGCCAAAUGUCGACAAAGGCCUUCUUCCGUCGCAUGGGGGUUCGUGCCGCGUCCAGGCGCUGGCGCUAGUACGAGCUCGGGACGCGCGCCCACGAUGAAGCCAAGGAGUAAGUAGCAGCUGCUCGUCACCAAUGCACUGACAGGACCUUGCAGCUGAUCGUCAUCU